AACAGUUACGUGUGAGGGCUGAGGGCUCUGAGGUCAGGCGAGCUCUCACCACUCACCUUCCGUCUCCGUCCAUGGCGACCAUCUCCGCGGCUCUCUCCAUCCCCUUCCUCCCGUCUCCGACACGCUUCGCCGUCUCCACGUACUUCUCCCCGCGCGUCAAGGUAAACACAUCAACCGCUCCUGUGCUUCCAAGCGCCGUCGCCGCAUGCCCGCAUCCUCUGAUUUCGUGGCUCCUGCAGAGAGCCUCGCGGUUCAGGUGCUGCGCAGAGCCUCCUUCCCCGGAGCAGGAGACCCCCGCCCCCACGCCUCCGAUCCCUCCUCCAGGGGAACACCCUGCGUCGCCUUCGUCUCUGUGGGGCGUUUACACGAGCACCUGGUCCGCGGGAGUCGCGGGGCUGGGGUUCCUGGAGACAAGCUACCUCAGUUACCUCAAGCUCACGGGCUCCGAGGCCUUCUGCCCCGUCGGCGGGGGAGGCUGCGGCGACGUGCUCGACAGCGACUAUUCGGUCAUCUUCGGGAUUCCUCUUCCGUUAGUUGGUCUGGUGGCAUAUGGUCUUGUUGCUGCACUUUCUCUGCAGGAGAACGGAAAGGAGUUACUUCCAGGACUUGAUGACUUGGAUAUUCGUUUAGUUUUGCUUCUGAUUGCUACGUCAUUAGCAACUGCGAGUGCAUAUUUUCUUUUCAUUCUGAGCACCAAAUUUGUUGGAACGUCUUGCUUAUAUUGCCUGUCGUCAGCGUUGAUCUCCUUCACUUUAUUUUCUAUCAGAGUGAAGGAUUUCGGUUUGGCACGGAUCCAGAAGUUUGUGGGUCUUCAGUUAGCUGUAGCUGUCAUUGUUGCUCUUGCUUUAACAAACUCCUAUAGUUCAGCUACUACUCAAUUGAAGGGCACAGGUGAUUUUGUAUUAGAACCAUAUGAAACAGAGAUAACAACAGAAUCAACCCCUUUUGCUAUUUCACUUGCAAGACAUCUACACUCUAUUGGUGCUAAGAUGUAUGGAGCAUUCUGGUGUUCUCAUUGCAAUGAGCAAAAACAAAUGUUUGGUCGUGAAGCUAUGGAAAUUCUGGAUUAUGUUGAAUGUUUCCCUAAUGGAGCUGGUAAGGGAAAGAAAAUGGCUGCCGAAUGUGCAGUCACUGGUCUAGAAGGUUUUCCAACAUGGUUCAUCAACGGCAAGGUUCUGAGCGGCGACCAGGAACUCUCAGUUCUGGCAGAAGCAUCAGGUUUUGUCUCCAAGGCCCCUGAACAAUCAUAAGGCCAUGAAGCAUGAAGAGAAGUACCUCGCCGAAUGUAAGCAAGAACCUGAAGCUGGUGGAUGUUGACAGCAUUGUCACAAAAUUGCAGUUUGAGCUUGAGAAGGUUCCUGCCAAUCUUGCAUAGUUCACUAAAUACAACCACUGACCAUUGAAUAUGUAAAAACUCUACUUGUUCUCUCAUGUGGGCAAGGAAAGCAGAGACCCCCAGAGAAGGAGAGUGUUCCGCAUCCCUUUUUUGUAGUUCUCUAUAGUUUAUGCUGUAAAAUGUAUAAUUCUGGAAGAAAACACGGCUUGCCAUCUUUUUACAUAAUGUAGUAACUUUGCACCUUGACAUUUGCAGUACUUCACUACACAAGUAUAGUGUAUGUCCUUUACCCUUCUACACAAAGUUUCAGGCCUGUUUGGAUCACUUGAAUUUUACGGAUACUUUGUUAUAAAGUGCUUGAUUCUCCUGCCAAGGUACCAGGGCUGAUCUGCUGCACCGAUGUGAGGAGGAGCGGGUCCGCAUCGACCGCGAUGCAGGGGGGGUGAAAGUGGCAGGCGCGUAUCGCUGAGUAGGAGUACGAGCAGGUCAUGCUCGUUUGCCAACACCAACAAGAAUGACUCCAUCGUCGAGGCAUGGUCGGUGGAUGACCCAUCGCCAAGAUGUUCAUUGCCAUGGAUCAGAGCCUGCUCUCCUGCUAGAUCGCCACCCGGAGCGCCGCCUCAACGUCGUGUACAAGGUGAUAUCCAUAAAAUUUCCUCCCUGAUUCAAUUUUGUUCAGGAUACAGAUACAAAGGAAUACAUGUAACUAAAGAAAACUUGUGCUUGAAAGAAUAUAUUAAAUACAGCAUAAAUUUGUAGUUUACUUCGGCAUGGUAUUAGUUUUUUUUUUCUCACUGAGCUGUGUGUGCUGGCUUUCCAGUUGAAAUUCUGUCAUCCUGCUCGCGACAAUAUACAAACUGAAGCAUACAAAAUUCCUCUUUAUCCAAACUGGACUGUUCUUAUUUCGUAGAGCUAUAACCUGUUGAGGUCGCUCCAGUUGGGUGUUCUUGCCAAAUUGUUGGAGACAGUAGAUUUGUCAGAGCUGGGGUAAAGCUACGUAAUUUGAAGGAAGUUUGUGCAAUUAUGUUUUGUUCAUUUCAUUGGUUACAUUAUGGAUUAUUUCUUUGCAGGUUGCUGAUUGAUUUCUUAUGCAAGUUCACUGAUAGCCCGUAGCCACCGAGCAUGCAGGUGCUCCAUUGAUUCUUCAAUCGUGUUGCUUCAAAGAUUUUUGACACCUUGCAAGGCAGAAUUGCAGAAACAUGUUACGCAUAUCAGCCUUCGUUUCUGUAUAUCGGGAGAGUAAAGCUGCGACAGAUUCGAUGAGCAAAUGACCUACUACCUAAAUCAGCAACACUUAUUAUGAAUUGGAGGUAGUAUUUUUUAAUCAUUGUAAGCAGUUUAUUAUUAUUUAUUCAUUAAAGUAAUAGAUAUACGAUAUCUUUCGGAAUAAAAAUAUAUAACUAGUUUGGGCUUGACCCAUUGUGAAAAAAAAUACCUUUUACAAUCUUUCAAAAAGAAUCAUUAAAUAGAACCAUAGAUUUGUAAACAAUUUUUUAGUAUCCAUUUUAAAAGAAUCAUUAAAAGUAUGACCAGUUGUAAAUCCUUCGUCUUAUCUAUGCGGGAGCUGCUAAUUGGCGGACAUCGGGGGGAGGUGGGGAACGCCAUGGUGUUGCGAGGUGGGGUGCCGUCAGGAGGAAGAAAGAGGGGAGGAGGAAGAGAGAGGUCCAGCCUCUUAGAGAGCAGGUUUCGUCCGCGCAGAUCUGAAGCAGCGGUCAUGUGCAGAAUAGACUUUCUGUAUCUAUUUUCGUACAUCAUAUAACAUUUCACAUUUGCGCAAUAGAUUUGGGCAAGCUUUCAUAUCAUAACAAAAGGAGUUGCAUCUC